AAUAUUAAUUCAAUUCGUCUGUUUAAAACCACAGUAUCAUUUGCCGUGGCGGCGAGCAAACGUGACAUACAGUUCUCAACCUCACACAAUUGUGUACACAGUGCGUUUACAUUUUACUAAUAUAGAGUUUGAAUUCAUAAUUAUGUAUUCCCAUCCCGAACAACGUCACGACGAAAAUUUAUUACGAAGCGCCGGACGUCUAUAAAACUGUCCAACGUUAUGCAAAAUGGCAUUGUUCGUCAUUCGCACACCGCAUUAAGAUGUUUAACUAAACGACAUCAAGACUUUACCGCGACACACUCGUGAGCUUUCGUCGUGCGCGCGCAUCUAACACAUUCAGCCAAUCACACGGCAACAUCGCUGCGAAAUAACAAUCACCCUGUAUAGCUCGAAAUUUUCAGCUUUAAUUAGGAGUUUGUUUUUAUUUUUUUUAGUUUUGUAGUUAUUGGAUUUUUGUGAUAUACGACGCGUUGCUAAAGUUGAAUCUAAGUUUAGGUAAUAUGUAGCCAGUGACCGACAGUGAGUCGCUACUUGUGAAGGGAAGUGCUUAUUGAGUUGUUAUCGCACAUUGCUCAGUGUCCUCUCUGCGUGCGUUAAUGUUAUAAAACAACGGGAAUAUACCAACAACGUGCAUUUGUAUAGAAACCACUGGCGUUAAUUAGUAUUACCUAUGUGACGAACAUGUUCGAAGCAAGGGCUAAUCGUGUUGUGCUAUUGUUGAUAAUAACUUUACAGUUAUUUGAGUUUUGUGCGUCUCUGAAACAAGGUGAUACAGGUGUUUGCGAAGAUAUUGUUCCGGCAAGGGGGCGGAUACAAAAACACGUGACUACAGUUUGCUGCUCCAACUACGAGUAUGACAGCGACCAGGACAGGUGUCUGCCGGUUUGCUACACCCCGUGCAUCAACGGAACCUGCGUCGGGGUGAACGAGUGCGCGUGCACGCCCCCCCUCACCCUCUACAACAACACUAUCUGCGUCCCCUCUACUUGCGACAACUGCGAGCAUGGCGACUGCAUGGCACCCAACGUCUGCCGCUGCCAUAAAAACUAUCUCAUGUUAAAUGGCACCUGCGUUCCAGUCUGCGACAAUGUCUGCGUAAAUGGAAAAUGUGCAGCGCCCAACGAAUGUAAAUGUAACGAUGGCUAUAAACCUGACCCCAACGACCCUUACAAUUGCAUACCAAUAUGUGACCCUGCCUGUGAGAACGGCACUUGUGUAGCUCACAACAAGUGCAUCUGCGGAGUAGGGUACGGAAGAACUAAGGACUAUUGGAGAUGUAAGCCUACGUGUGCUGGGUGCGAAUACGGGGACUGUAUCUCGCCAAAUAACUGUGUCUGCUUCAAUGGAUACGACCGCAUAGACUCGACCUGCAAGCCCAAGUGCAGUUCGUGCGUGAACGGUGACUGCGUUGCGCCUGAGGUCUGUCGAUGUCACGAGGGGUACGAGCUCGUGGGUGGACAUUGUUCCCCAAUAUGUUCUCCACCCUGUGUUAACGGAGAAUGUGUGUCGCCCAAUAAUUGCAGCUGCAACGAUGGGUACGAUAGCAGGGAUUUCGGUGUCUGCGAGCCUUAUUGCUCCAAAAACUGUAUCAAUGGGCACUGCUCAGCACCCGACUUCUGCACUUGUAACGAUGGUUAUGUGCACGACGAGACAGAUUACAGUCUAUGUGUGAAACCCUGCAUUAGGCCCUGCAAGAACGGACACUGCUCUCCGUCGUCUGGAGAGUGCUUCUGUGACUUAGAUUUUGAAUACGAUAACGAUACAGAGAGUUGCAUACCUAUGAAACCAGUUCCAUGUGAAGAUUGCGAGGGUAAAUGCGACAAUGUGACGAAGGAGUGUCGGUGCCUCAACGUGAGGCCGUGUCACUUCAAUAGUGAGGAUAUGGAGGUACCAGCCGAAGUGGUAGCAUCCGACGAAGUCAAAAUGGCCGGUAUGAAUAUGACGCUGAUGGCGAUUGGUGGAGCCUGUCUCCUACUCCUCAUUCUGGUGGUAGUCGUGAUGCAAAGGCUUUGGCAUAAGAGGAACGACUACACAGCUACCAAACCUACACAUGAGAAUUCCGGCUUAGGCAGUGUGGUCUACACUGUUCCCAACACACUGAUCAGUCAGAGAGCUAGUGGUGGACCGAUGGAUGAAGACUCCGGUGACGAUGACGAAACGACAGAUGGAUUAAUACGAAGAAAUACUCAACUUAGUUAGGCUGUAAUGUAUGUACCUGUAAUUGAAGUCUUCGGUGCUUUUAGUGUAGAUAUUUAAUUAUAAGACAUA